GUCGCAUUGCUGAAGCGGCUUAUGAAGCUGAAGAUGUGAUCGAGUCGUAUAUCGUUGAUCAAAUUCAUACUCAAUUAAGAAAUGAAGAAGAAAACAUCAGCUACAUUCAAUUCUAUCAAGGUCUGUAGAAGGUGAUAGAAAACAUGGAUUCGAUCAAGAUUGAUAUUAAAGAGAAGAUGGUGGUAGUCCAAGAUAAACUGCACAUCGUAAAGUCUGUGAGCACUGCUGCUGGUGCAGGCUCGUCUAGAUCUGCUUCAACUACGCAUGAAGUUACAAUGGUUGGUUUUGAUGAAGUCUUGGAUCAAAUACUGGACAGGAUCACUGGAGGAGGACCCGCUCGCCAAAUUAUCCCGAUUGUUGGGAUGGGUGGAAUAGGCAAGACCACUCUUGCGCGAAAUAUCUAUAUAAUGGCAAUGCAAUUCGAAAUGAGGAACCGUUCGAAACCGACUUGCAAUUCCAGGAUAAUGUCAAUGCAAUUCAAGACGAUGAACUGCUCGAAGCUGACCUACAAAUCCAUGUUUGCUGGCAAGGAUAAGAAAGGACGUUCCAGUGUGUAUGCCACUGAUGGUUGUAAAAGCCUAAAGCCUUCUGAUUUUCAGAAGCAUCUUGAUUCUGCAGUUCAUGAAAAUUCGGUGAAGGCUAAAGCAAAAGGAAACCAGGAGGUUCCCCAGCUCAAUGAAAGCUCCUUGGAAUCUCUGAAUGCAAAGUCUGCUGCGCAAGAAGAGUCUUCACCCCCUUCACCAACUGUUUUAUCGGUUCUUCAAGAUUUGGUAAGGUGUGUGGAGAAGAUUUCUUCCUCCGUGGAAGCCAUAAGAGAUGUGGUUGUUAAAAAGGUGUAA